UCUUGACUGAGUGAGUUGUGCCUGCUUGCAUUCCUUGGAGAAAUCUUCUCUGGAGUACUGGCCCUUCAGAUUCUGGAUGGGCAGGCGGUUUUCAAGGAGCUGCAGCUCUGAGGAUUAUGGUAAUCUCUGAGUCACCUUUAGCUGGACCACACUGAAUAAAAAGCUAGAGAGACUGAAAACUCUCCAGGAAGCAAAAAUAUUUCUUCUUCCAGAGAGAGAGAGAGUCUGGGAAUCUCUGGAGUGGGACAGCGUGGACGUGAAGCAAUGGAGAGAUAGAAGAAGGAAGAAGCAGCAGCGAGGGAAAGAUACCUUGAUACAGACACAUAUAAAAUUUAAAUAUACACAGAGAGUAUCAGAGAUCAAGUAGAGUGAAAAGAGACAGGAGAGAGCAGACAGACGACCUGACCGACUUGACUCCUCGUGACGGUGUCCUUGGGAAGGAGAAGGCAAAGUCACACAGUUGAAUCAACAGAAAGAUACAGAGCACGGAUGGAAUAAUAAAACACAGAGCAUCUCCAAAAGGAACAGUGACAAAGCAAAAGAAUGAGGUAGAACGAGAGAGAGAGAGAGAGAGAGAGAGAAAGUCUUCAGAAAGAAGAACAGCGGAAUACACUGAAAAAUGGAAAGGCAGAGCGAAAACACCAGACCAGAUGGAGGGAGGGAGGGAGAGCAGAAGAUGAUGGAGUGGUAAUAAAUGAAGAAGUGACCCACAGACAGACUGAGAGCCCUGCAGACAACCGGAAGCAUGGCAAAGAGACUCUAGCAGGAGAAAUCAGAGGAGGUAACAUGCUGAGGGAGAACCAGAGCGCUGAAGAAGACUGAGAGGCAGAGCGGUGGACAACAGAGCUGCAAAGGAACAUCUUUCCUCCCAAACGUGCAAUAAGGCAGUCUGUCCCAAACGGAGCAACAGUGGAGGAAGGUCCAGCAAAGGGCGUGAAGAACUGGGUUGCCACCACACACUCCCGAAAGGUGAUUCCUGGGCCUGAGCUGCAUAGAAGAGCCAAGCCUUGGGGUCUGCAGCUUUGCCCCCAUGGCUCGUGCCCCACCGUCACCUCUGACCCCUAGCAACAUCCCGCGGAACCUGAGCUACAUCGCAGGCCUGUACGAGCGAGCCUACUACCGCACCGCCCGGCCGAGCAUAGCAGAGGACUCGGGGACCGAGGGCUCCGAAUCCGAGUCGGAGAGCAGGCCCCGGAGCAGGCCCCGGAGGCGACGCCACGUCUUUGGAGGGCACAAGCGGAAAGGAAGGCGCCGGACUCGCUCGGCCCCUGCCCGGGGCAGAAGUCGGGGGGCCUCGCGCAGCCGCAGCCCCGGGACACGCAAGAGGGUUCGCUUCGCCGACUCCCUGGGCCUGGAGCUCACCAGCGUCCGCCAGUUCUGGCCCAACGACCUCCCAGAGGUGCCGGAGCGUGUCCAUGCCCAGCUGAGGCGCGACUCACUCAGCCACUUUGCCCCGUGCCUGCCUUUUUGCCCGCCUGUGAAGGAUCCUUUGAGUCUUCGAUACCUGCUGGAGCCCACCUUCCCAGACCCCCUGUCCAUGCCAGAUUUCUUACCGCGCCUCCUGGCGCAGUGCGUUCUCCUCGAAGGGGCCCGGGCCGAAGGCUCCUGUGUAUCCGGCACCAUCCGGGUCCUCAACUUAGCCUACGAAAAGCGGGUCUCCGUGCGAUACACCUGGGAUUCUUGGGCUACGCAACACGAAGUCCGGGCAUCCUACGCCGCUCCUGCAGGCCGGGAUCGGGACCACGCUGACCGCUUUGCCUUCCGCCUCCCGCUGCUCACCCCGCUGGUCCCUGGGGUUGUCCUAGAGUUUGCCAUUUGCUACCUUGUGGGGGCAGAAGAGUUCUGGGACAACAACCAAGGCCGCAACUAUUGCCUGAGGCCUCCACCCUGUGUGGAUGAGGAGGAGGAGCCCCCCAGCCCCACUGCCGAUUGCUGUGAGACAGGGUGGAUACACUUCCUCUAAGGGAACAUAGAGCCAUCCCAGUAAGAUAGGAGGAAGGGCAGGAACCAAAGGACAGAACAGAACAGAAGGAGGGGACUUGCCAAAUGUCUCUGUUAGGGCGGGGUGCUGUGGGAUACUUGCACUGAGCCCUAAGAAUACGGUGGGUGGCAACUAUCAAUAUGCUAGAGGCCUCAUGCAAUGCUUGGGAAUUCAAAGAAACCCAAAAGAUCAGUGCAAUUGUGCAAUCAGUGCUUAAAAUCAAUUUUGAAAGUCCGCCAUCUUGAUUCAAAAUGGCACCCAAUGGUAUCAAAACACAGGCCAAAAACGGCUCAUUGAUCUCAGGAACAAUCAUGCAAAAUGCGGUAAAAUUCAGCACAUUCUUGAAAGGUUCCAUUCGCCAUCUGGAUUCAAAAUGGCAUCCCACUGUAUCAAAAUAUAGACAGAAACCUGCUUCCUGAUCUCAAGAGCCAUUAUGCAAAUUUCAGUUACUUUUUCUUAAGAAGCAUCCGAAUGCAUAGCAAACUUUCCGAUAUAUAUAUACAUAUAGCAGAUGUAUGCAAAGGUUUGAGGUAGAUGGUUUGGGUUUGCUCCCAGGCUCCCUAGCAUGAUAUUCUGCAGGCCAAAGCCUGCUAUGGAGUUUCUACCUGAGUGAUAAAUCCAAAAAUCAGUCUCUGAAGUAGGGCAGUAACGUUCACCACAUACCCUGUUUUCCACAAUAUACUAACUUGCUAUCUAGCUGUGUGUGCUUUCACCAAUCUAUUUCACCAAGCAAAUAGUGAGUGAGAAUAUUGAGAAACGGUCAGGCAAAUCAGCCCUUUGUUCUCAUUUUACAGUUAGGGAACAGGAGGUCCUAAGAGAGUGACUUGAAUCUGUUGUAAGCUAGGAUUUGAACUCAAGACUCCCACCCAGUAAUCUAACAUUGUUCUGCUGGGGGCUCUCUGAGACUGAACAAAAUGUGCAUAAAGUGGCUAGCCUUCAAAGUACCAUCCCCACCCCAUGUAACUUGUAUGUUGCUAAGCAACAUAUGUGCAUCUUGAGGAUCAUCAAGUCAAGAGAUCCCUUUCCUUUGUUGGGGUGUCACUGGUGCCUUUACAUGAGAGUGAGCAAGAGUAAGCUACCGUAAAUAGAAGGAGAGAAGGAAGAAAUUCCGGCCUAGGGGUGAGGUGAAGAAGACUGAACUCUGGUGAAACAAAAGAUGGACAAGAUCCACUGCUAUAUACCGUCACUGAGAGAUGGAUCUCCUCAGCGUCUGUCACUAGAUUCUGGGUGGCACUAAGAACAAUGAGUUUUCAUCCUGAGGACUUGUUCACACCUGCUAAUUCCACCCGCAUCUCCCUGCAUGAAUAGAUGGGAAAUGUGGAAUGUAUGAAUGUUUACAUGUAAUUGUAUUGCUGUUCUCUCAACGCGUGUGUUCUGAACUGGUUCCUUGCGCAUGUUUCAUUAUGUCGUUGUGAGAUCACUUCACUGAUCAAGCAGAGAGUAGCUGCCUGAUCUGUGUAUUCAGGCAGGGGGUGGGGUGGUAAUGAACACUUGCGCCAAAUUCAUUAUCUUCAUGUUGCAAAAAAAAAAUCUUGUGUAGAAGCAGCACUACCCAAAAUGGUGUCCAGGGUAGUUUACAGUGGUGUCCCUGGUACCACCCAUGCUUUGGUUGAAAUGCACAAGCCUUAAUGAAAAAAUGGGUGAAAGUUCUAAAUUUCCAUGACCCACAAGACCCCUAACAACUGAAGACUCCGUAAUAGUGCUUCUCAAAGUUCUGAUGAAUUUAUUCCCUUACAAUUGAAAGCAUUCUUCACUCUUGCACCUGAAAAUAUUUAUUUUAAUCUGUGCGAAAAUAAUCCAUUCUCUGCGUGACUCGGUCAUUGUUCUAGGUGCAUUCUAGGUGCAUACUAGCAGUUCAAACUGUCCUCUCAUGAGCAAAGUAGUGCAGCUGUGUACAACAAGAAUGCACAACAAAAAACUACAAUAAAACAUGAAAGCAUCAUAAAACACAAAACCAAAAGACCAACAAUUAGGGGAAUCAAGUCUCUGAAAAUGUUUGACAAAACAAAUGUUUUCAGUAUUGAGAGAACAUCAGAAUUGUAGGUGCCUGUCUAAUUGCUAUAGGAGCAAUGCUCUAAAAUAUCAGUGCCAUUGCACUGAAAGCCUUGGCCUAAUCCAGUCCUUAUGAUGUACUACUGCUCUUGGUUCAAGUAGAAGCUAAAUGAACAUGUGGCACAGGUCAGGCAGGUGGUCUUCUCUAAAAAAUUGCAGUGAUCUGGCUGGUGUUUAAGGGAAAAGGCAGACCUCCAAUUAUUAAUGGGAAGAAACAAUAGAUAGUCUCUUUAUAUCAUACUAAUGAGUAGUGCCUGGCACUGCUUGGGGAUUGUAGAAACCCAAAAAUAUUGUGACUUUCAAAUAGCUAGUGCAACUUGUGAGUUUGGGCCCAUCACACCAAAAAUCAGGCAAAGUCACACCAAAGUCAUGUUCUACUUCACUAUCUUGAUUUGAAGUGGUGACUGGCAUCCAAAUAUCGAUGAAGGCUGCUGGAGCCUUCAUGACAAGUUUGGUGAUAAUGUCUCGAGCGGUAUCUGAACCAAUAGAAAACAAACAAUCCAUUUUCCAAAAUAUACAUUGAUUUGGCAUCAUUUUUUCCACCAUAGUGUAACGAUAGGGGAAAGCCAGCUACCUAAAAUCACCUCUAAUUACUGGGGCCAUCUGCUCCCUAGUCCAACCCAGGCAGAAGAUAUUGGGGCAAAUGGACUAUUUGUCUGGACCACAGAGGGAAGAUGCUAGGCUUGGGCAGAGAUUGGAUCAGUGAUAUAUGCUUUAGGUGUGUUCCAUAAUGUGACAAUGAAAUGGCACCAGUGAACCAAAGUUUACAUUAAUGUUUGUAACUGACCAAAACAAGCAAUUGGACUGAAAAACCAAAGAAAUAAAACAGUGAAAAAGA